AUGGUCGCUGGAAUCAUAGGGAAUACCAUUACAAUUCUUAUAAUCAAAAAAUACAAAGAAAUGAAGACAACCACAAAUUUCUACUUAUCCAGCAUGGCUGUGUCAGAUAUGAUCAUUUUAUUGUGCUUGCCAGUUGACUUGUACCGUCUUUGGAGGUCUAAGCCUUGGAUCUUUGGGAUUUUUCUUUGUAAAUCUUUGAGCUUGAUUAGUGAAGCUUGUACCUAUUCCACCAUUCUUCAUAUCACAGCACUGAGCAUUGAAAGAUAUUUAGCUAUCUGCUUUCCUCUGAAAGCCAAAGUCUUUAUUACCAAGAGGAGGGUAAAGAUUGUGAUUGUAUUUUUGUGGGUUGUAGCACUCCUGUCUGCUUCUCCACUUUAUAACAUGUUUGAUUAUAUAGAAGUAUUUAAUGACACUGGACCCUUCAACACCAGCUGGCAGUGCCGAUACACAGAGGACGCUUUUGCAUCUGGUCACCUUAAGAUCAUGAUGUGGGUGACCACAGUGUACUUUUUCUUCCCCAUGUUCUGCCUGACUGUUCUCUAUGGCUUUAUUGGUAAAACGCUGUGGAAAAGCAGAAAUUCCAUUAGAGGUCCUAAUGCUGCAAAUCGGGAAAGAAGUCACCGACAAACAGUUAAGAUUCUAGCGGUGGUCGUGCUGGCUUUUGUCAUCUGUUGGCUGCCUUUUCACAUUGGGAGGCUUAUCUUUGUGCACACCACUAACAUGGAGGUGAUGAGAAUUUCCCAGUACUUCAAUAUUGUCGCCAUGCUACUCUUCUACUUGAAUGCCUCCAUCAACCCCAUCCUGUACAAUCUUAUCUCCAAGAAAUACAGGACUGCGGCUUACAGGCUUCUCCGACUGGCCAGGCCUGAUGAGCGGGCUUACAAUGUCAUCAAGGAUGAAACUGGAGGUCACACAGAGAUCAGCACGUUUACUCACAAUGAGUAUAGUACCCAAAUCUGA